CAUUAAUAGAAAAUCAAGAAUCAAAAGAAGUCCUCCUGGGCUAUAUUUUGUUCGCAGCUAUGAGACCGGAUGUCAAUGAUUAGCUCUGUUGUAAGGAGUAUCCCCUGUCCUUUAAAGCGAGAAUGAGAACCUAUCUAAGGGAAAAUCAAGUCAAGUCAAUUCUGCAAGGCUUGCUUGAAAGUGACGAGCGAAGGAGUGGUAAUCAUUUGACUCAUUUCGACAUAGCUGUUGUAGAAGUGGGAUUUAUAUUUGAUGUUGUUUACACAAAAGCUCCUUUCAUUUAUACUUGGAAAGGAUGCAUCCUGCGCCUCAUCAGCUUCACUCUUUCUAUUGGAACUCUGUUUUUCUUCAUCUUCCGGUUAUCAUUCGGGGGUUUGAUGCUAAACAAAAUAGCACCAGAUGAUGUUUUCAUAACAAUGUGCAUGUUAGUUGAAACUGUUGCACUGGAUACUUGCGCUAUGCUCUCAAAUCUUUGUUCUGAUUGGACAGUAAUUUUAAUGUAUGACAACUGUUCGGCAUCCAAAAUCCUCCAGUAUGUCUUGCAAUACUUUCCUUGCUUCUUAAGUCUACAGAAGAAGCGGUCAGCUUGGAUGGGACAAUUUGAUUUGUUGGAUUAUUGCUGGAAUUCUAGGAUGGUCCGGGUUUCUAGGUUUCUACAAAAGUACUGUAGCGGUGAUUUUCUUGAAAAUUGUCACAGGUUAAAGCAUACCAAGUUUGUGGAAGUUCCAGACCGUUUGAAGCCAAAAGAGCUUUACCAAAGUCGGCUAGAUUCCUUCUUCGUCUCAAGUGAUUCCUUUGAAGCAACAAGGGGGGAGAGGACGCUUGUUGAACUGGGGGAGAGAAUAUCUGAUAUACGUGCUGACCUCGAAUGUAGCAUCAAAAUCCACUUUGAUGCUAGCAUCAUAGUCUGGCACCUGGCCACAUGUAUUUGUUACCAUCAGGAUUCCCACAAUAAUGCUCGCAAUGAAGCCAUGAAGAUCAGCAAAUAUUUAUCAGAUUAUAUGAUGUAUCUGCUGGUCAUGCGGCCUGCUAUGCUACUGCCUGACGAUUGUACAUAAUUCAGUAAUUACAAUUCAACGACCACAGAAUAAUAACUAGUAAUCAACAAUUGACAAAACAAAAUAUAAUUUGAAAUAAAUU